CAAUUAACAGAUGAAAUGCGAGCAAGAUGAUGAGAUAUUGGAUAUGGAAUGUGAAGAAGAAGAUGAAAGAUUAGAUCAAAAUUUGAAUUAUGAAAAGAUAAUAAAUUUUCUUAAAAAUAAAAACUAUGAAAAAAAUCCAGAUUCAUCACUAUAUUCAAAUUUUCCUUAUAAAACUCAAAAAAUCAAUAUAGAUAGGGAAGUUACCAUAGGAAAAUGGUCACCCACUGAAGAUCAAAUCAUCCUUGAUAAUUGGAAAAUUUUUUUAAAGGAUUAUCCAGAGUUAAUUGGAAGUGAGCAGGUUAUAUUUAAUCCAGUAAAAUGGGAUUGCAAUUUGGAAGUUCGUAGGUUUAUUCGCCAAACUAAUCUAUAUGAAAGAUUGGGCAAAGGAAUUAAUCGUUUUGUUGAAAAUAUUUAUUGGAGAGCAAAAAGAAAGAUAUUUCGGAAAACUAAAGGCACAGCUACAAAAAAGGAUAUUAAAAAAAUAGAACACCUAUAUAAAAUAAAUGGGCCUAGAUGGACACAAAUUUCUGCUCAAUUAAAUUUAAAACCUGAUUCAAUUAGAGAGAUUUAUAUGAGAAACACCAAAACUUACAGUUCAAAAAAGUGGUCCAAAAGUGAAGAAAGGAAUUUAACCAGGGCCAUUUUUCAAAUUAAACAAUUAGGAAAUUGUCUUCCUCAAAAUUCAAAUACCCUUAAAAAGAAAAAAAUCAACAAACAUUUUAUCAAAAGUAUCUUAGAUUCUGAUUUUCGAUACAUAUCCUGGAAAGAUGUUUCCAAUUUAGUUAAAACUAGGAGUCCUAUUCAAUGUCGAAUUCAAUGGUUUCAACGUUUGUUGCCCAAAUUUAUCCAAUUUCCCGAUAUCAUGGCUAAUCUAUACAGGAAAAAUUCUGCCAGUUGCUUGCCCGAGUUCGCUGGCAGUGACGGGAACGAUCUCAGCGACGGAACUCUUGGUGACACCAAGGAAUCAUCCAAAAACGACGCUGAGGACGAAAGCGAAGUUGUCAAAGAUACGAUUACACCAAAAAGCGUUAAGAAUGAAAAUAGGAAAAAGAUGAAAAUAACGGAAAAGAACGUUAACGAUUAUGAAGAUGAUACGAGCGUAAAUCGUGAAAACAUUAUUACGGCUAAAUUGGGGAAAACGGAGGACGACGAUGUGAUUUACGUGCAAGAAAAUUCUUACAUGACUAGAAAGAUCAAAGCUGUCAACGCGGAGUUCAAGGCCGCUCUCUUGGUGACCCUGAAGGAAAUGAAAGGAAAAUUCACCCACGAAGCGCGCGUUGAUUGGAAUCUCGUUAAAGAUCAUAUGGGACGCAAGGAUUACGAAAUACCCUCCCUUCAGAGAAUGUUUCGGCAAAUGAAAAGGCAAUGCAUCAAGACCGGCCAUUUACAAAUGUCGCAGCUAAAUGAAGAAAAUAAUCAAAACGAUCCAAAAAAUAACAAUUUAAUUGCUACUGAUUAUAAAGCCGUUAGCGCUUGGAUCGACAAACAUAUGUCAUUCGAUGAUAUCGUUCACGUAAUGCGAAAGAAAUACAAAAAUUUACUGAAAUAUUGGAAUAGAACAUGUAUUCCGGUGUGAUAUAAUAUGUUUUUUUUACGCGUGAGUUUUUUUUUGGUCAAAGUGAUAUCUGAUUUGUAACAUUUCGUCAAACUGCGUUCUAUUUUUUUAU